AUGUCAGGAGGGGCCAGCGCAAGUGUGAACAAAAACCACUCGGGAAUGACGAGCUGGAGCCUGAGUGAGGAACGAUAUGACUUCUGGUGCUGGAAACUCCCGCUCCUGGAUCUGAGUAGAGAUGAGCAAGAGCUUGUGCUCGGGAUAAAAAUGGAUCUUACCAGUCACAAGCAGCUGAGCAGGAUGGGUGUGCACGAGGCAGGGCGAAGGGACGCUCCUCACAGCCCGCAGGAUGAGGGAUAUUUUCCUUCGGAUACUCCCCAUGCUAAGUCAGAAAGUAGAACAGAUUUCUACUGCCCAGGUGCUUUCUGCAUUCCCUUGUACGUGCCCUAUGUGCUGACGGGGAGAUGGAUCUUCGGGAGAAGCCUCUGCAAACUCUGGCUGGUAGUUGAUUACCUGCUCUGCACCUCUUCGGUCUUCAACAUCGUACUGAUUAGCUACGACAGAUUCCUCUCGGUGACAAGAGCGGUCGCUUACAGAGCCCAGCAAGGCAACAUCAAGCGAGCGGUGCUGAAGAUGGUGAUGGUAUGGGUAUUAGCGUUCCUGCUUUACGGACCUGCCAUUAUCAGCUGGGAGUAUAUAUCAGGCCAGAGUAUCAUACCCACUGGGGAAUGCUACGCUGAAUUUUUCUACAACUGGUAUUUUCUGAUGACAGCCUCUAUGCUGGAGUUUUUCACCCCUUUCAUCAGUGUAAUGUUUUUCAACCUGAGCAUUUACCUGAACAUACAGAAGCGUACCAAAAUACGCCUGGAUAUUUUCCACGAAGCGCACGACCAGUCCUUCACUGACGAGAUGGAGAUGAGCCCAGAAGCAAAGCUUGCUUUGAAAUGCUGUAAGCAGAAGGAUUCAGCUGAAACCCUCGGCAAAGCUCAAGCAGCAGCCUCCACUGCCAGCCCGGGUGCGAAAGACCUGCUGUCAACAAGCUCUGAGCGCGUCGGGAAACCUAAGUGUUGUAACAAAAAGAGCUGUAAAAAUUCAGCAUCCACUCUGUCCUUAGAGAAACGGAUGAAGAUAGUGUCCCAGAGCGUGACUCAACGCUUCAGGCUCUCUAGAGACAAGAAAGUGGCCAAAUCACUGGCAAUCAUUGUGGGCAUUUUUGGGAUUUGCUGGGCACCGUACACUCUCCUGAUGAUCAUCCGCGCUGGCUGCCAUGGCCACUGCAUCUCUGACUACUGGUACGAGAUUUCCUUUUGGCUGCUGUGGAUCAACUCGGCUGUCAACCCUGUCCUGUACCCUCUCUGCCACUACAGCUUCAGAAGAGCUUUUAUUAAACUCCUCUGUCCCAAGAAGCUAAAGAUUCAACCUCAGGAUCCCCUUCAGAACUGCUGGAAGUGA